CCUCUCCCCCUCCACAACCUUCCCCCACCCUGGAGGCCGGGCUGGACACGACCCAGAGCUGCCACCGCCCGCUUCUGCCACUCCAUGGAGGACAGUCUGCUGGAGAUGAUGACCAAGGACGGCGGCGACAUGCCGGCGCCUCUAGAGGUGUCCACGGUGCCAGCCGUGGGGGACGUGCUCUCUGGGGAGUAUAACGGUGGCAUGAAGGAGCUCAUGGAGCACCUCAAGGCCCAGCUGCAGGCCCUGUUUGAGGACGUGAGGGCCAUGAGAGGGGCGCUGGACGAGCAGGCCUCGCACAUCCAGGUUCUGUCGGACGACGUGAGCGCCAACCAGCGGGCCAUAGUCUCCAUGUGCCAGAUUAUGACCACCGCGCCCCGCCAGGGAGGUCUGGGCGUGGCCGCCGGCAAGGGGAGCUCCCCGAGUGCUCCCCACGAGCCGGAGUCACCUUCGCCCGGGAUCGGGGACGGCGGCUUGCUGGGUCGCGUUCCCAAUGAGGAGGACGAGGACGACGAGGACGACGAGGAGGAGAAAGGGUUGCCCAGCCCCGCCACACCCACCAGCCGCCGCGAGCGCGCUGGGAGUCCCUGCGCAGAUCUCCUUGGGGAGGAUGGGCCACUUGUGGAGCCCCUCGACCUGCCUGACAUUACCCUGCUGCAGCUGGAGGGCGAGGCCUCUCUGUGAGGGGGACCCCGCCGGGGCACCGGCUACCCGGGCUGGCUUUGGGUUUCCGAGCGCUUGACGUGGCGGGACUGAGCAGUGCGGCGCCCUGUUCUUCACUCCGAACGAGGUCCUUGUAGGUCAGGGAGAGAGACUCCCUCGCAGAAGGAUCUGUGGGUGAAGGACUUUGGAAGCCUCGCGAAUGCCACCCAACCAUGCAUCAUAACAAACUGCAGAAAGGUGAGGUUCCCUGACAGGAAGUGCCCAUCUCUGGACUCCCAGCCAUCCCUCUACCUUGCCCCUUUCCCUCUUCCCAGGAAACAGGAGGACCAUCGAAUUAUGUAAAUAAACUUCUGCCUUUUCUAUUCUGUAAAAGGACUCACCUAGGACUUUGGCAAAUAAUCUCUAUUUACCUAGAAAUUAAGGUUUCGGGGUAUUCUGUUCUGGCAACAGGAAAUUUACCCUUUUGCUGAAAUCCCAAGAUAAUACAGCGCUCUGCGGAAGCCUCUCUCCCUCACAGAUCUUUGCGGCUGCUGAUUUACGGUAAAGGAAGCUUGGGGGAUCCGCAGCCCUAAGGAAUCUGGGUGCGUGGGGUUCCCAGGGCCCCCCAGGCUGGGAGGAGCUGGCUAUGAGCGUGCAUGAAGACCCGGUAGCUCAAGCUCUGGCAUUUUCAUGCAGAGCGGACCCUGCCCUGUCACCGACUUCCUCCGGGACUGCUUUUCCAGUCACCUGGGCCUGGAGAACUGUGCGCCCAGUUCACAGGCUGAGACCUGGGGCUGCUCAGCAACAGCCCAGAUUUAGGGGACUUUGAAGAACUCUUGAGGGGAGGGACGGGGAGGGCCAAAACCACAGAAAACCCUGUCUCUUCUGGCUCUACCGGCUUAACCUCAGCUCCUUUUUCUGUCGGUGUGUCACUGCCCUCUGCUUUUCGGUGUCGCCUCCACCGCGUCUUGUGUUACCUGUGUCCACUUGUGCAGUAGUGUGUGAGCCCUCAGGGGCAGGGCUUGUGGCUCUAGUAUUAGGUUCAAGGGGCUUCAGCUGUGAGCCCCAGGCUCUCCUGGCGCUCUCUCCCUUCCCUUUCCCCCUUCGCCCCACUCCUCAAUCAGGGCAUGGAGCAUG